AUAUGAAGCCCAUCCUUGACAACAGCCGCAUCGUCGUCCACGAUAGGGCCCACGUCGGUCAGGCUCCAACAUCACUCAUCUUGCUGACUGUUACCACCAUGUCGCAAUCACCGUUGUCAAUUGGCAGAUGGUCAUGGCAAAACCGACUAGCUUGCCUAAGAUCAUCGCCCGCAUGAUCCUCAUCAUCUCACUCAUGGCGAAGUCGCCUUGCUGGCAGUGCCACAAGCUCUCAGUCACACUGGGCAGGGAUCGGAAGUUUGAGCAUGCUGUAGAGCUCAUGGUUACAACACGCAUCAUUGCCAAGCCUAUCAGAUUUGUUUCUAUAGGGCCUUGUGCUGAGUGUAGUAUACAGCUAGCACUAUUAUCUAACAAAUAUGUGAAAGGCUGGCGCCGAGCAUGUUUCUGGGUCCAAAAUGCCUAGCCUUACGGCACUCGUUUCGUUUUGGCACGUUCAUGGCGUUUCCUGGGAACAUAAAACAAAGGACAUCCCUCAGACGCAGCUUCCAUCGACUUCCUUCUUCUGCACGCAUCACCACGUUUUACUAUGAAGUACAUCCCU